AUGGCGGACCUCGACUUGUUCAAGAAAUACUCCCUAACCAAGACCUACCACCAAAAGGUCUACCCGGACAUCGACCCCACCAACCCAGCCAACUCGGCCGCCGGCAAAACCGUCGCCAUCAGCGGCGGCCACAGCGGCAUCGGCUUCGCCAUGGCCCGGGGCUUCUGCGCCGCCGGCGCCGCCACCGUCAUCCUCCUCGCGCGGCGGCAGGCGGUGCUGGACGAAGCCGCAUCGGCGCUGCACGCCGAAUACGGCACGACCGUCUGGACGUACAGCCUCGACGUGCGCGACACAUCGGCGGUCAGCAGCACCUUCUCGACGAUCCGGCAGCGGCUGGGCGACGGCGGCGACGUGGACAUCCUGAUCGCCAACGCGGCGGUGCUGGACCAGGGCGAGACGACGCUGGACUACGACCCGGCCGUCAUCGCCAACAGCUUCGCCACCAACGUCUUCGGCAACCUCAACCUCGCGCGCGGCUUCCUCGCGCCCGAGCUGCCCGCCGUGCCCAAGACGUCGCUGCUGCCGGGCCUCGCGCCCAUCGGCGGCGCCAAGGACACGACGAGCGUCCCGCCGCCGCCGGCGCGCGCCAAGGUCCUCAUCGAAGUGUCGACCGCGGCCGCGUACUUGCUGCUCCCCGGGCAGGCCGUGUACAGCACGAGCAAGCUCGCGUCGACGCACUUCCUGCGGCACCUGCAGGCGGAGCUGGACCUCCUGCCGGGGCGCCCCGUGCGCGUGCACAGCUUUCACCCCGGGGCGGUCUUGUCGCCCGGGGUGCGGGAUUUGGGCGUGGUGGAGGGCAUGAUGCCGCAGGAUGACGAGAGUCUGCCGGGCGGGUUCGCGACGUGGUUGGCGAGCCCGGCGGCCGAGUUUUUGAAGGGCAGGCUGGUGUGGGCGAAUUGGGAUGUGGGCGAGAUGGUGGGGAUGAAGGAGCGGUUUGAGGCAGAGGCCGACUUUUGCACCGUGUCUUUCAAGAUGUGA